AUGGACGAGCUCUUGGAGGAGAUCAUAAACAGCCUCGACUCCGAAGAGCACCCGCGGUGGCUGGGCGCCUUCGAGCGGUACGGAUGGACGUUCACGCCACUCCACCCGUCCGUGCUGAGCGAGGACGGCCUGCGCUCGGUGCUCGGCGGCGGCAGCGGCUCUCGAUACCACUCGCCGCCAUCAUCGUCAUCGCCGUUGUCUUCUUCUUCUUCUUCCUCUUCGUCGUCGCCGUCAUCGUCCUCCUUCUCCCUCGGUUCCGCUUGCUUGACCGGGCCGGCCGUGUUCGAGCUCAACAUCAACACCGCACUCGCCUACGGGGCGUUGAUCAUGGGCAACGAUGUGCGCGCCGAGGAGUUCUUCGAACGAGCGCGGAAGGCGCUCGAGGACCUGCUGGAGGUCAACGACUACGCCGUGGCCGAGGCCCUCUUCGCCCUCGGCUACUACCUCUACGGCCGGGGCGAUCUCGUUCGAUUCUCCUACUACAUCACCCUGGCCAAGCAGAUCUGUCAGCGGAUCGGGUACCGGCAUCCAGUGCUGCCCAUCCACAUCUUUGGUGUGUUUCUGAAGUGCAUGAUGGCCACGGUGUUGGACCCGUCGUACACGCCGGCAGAGAAGGAGCGCACCCUGCGGCGCUACAAUCGCGCGGUCAAGGACACGCCCCGAUGGGAUGACCACCACGACCGCUUCCUGCUCGACCACAACCGCCCCAGCCACCAGGGGGACAACCAGUACGUCGCAGAGGAGGUGACCGUCGCCGGCGCCAUCACGCUGGGAACCAUAGGCGGCAGCAGCGGCGAGGUGACGCCGCACGACGUGCUGGACACGGUGGAACGGGCGCGCAACAUCGACAAAUGCGUCACCAACGUGCUCAUGCUGGUCGGGCUCCACCGGUGGCUUCGGCAGGAGGCCGAGGCCGGCCGCGGCCUGGGCGACGAGGCCACGGACACAGUCCUCCAGCAGUGGCGCCGGCUGAUCGUCGCCAUGGAGGAAGAGAUCGGCUCUGGUGAGGCGCUGCCGCCCACGUUCAAGCUGACGGUGACGCUCACCUGGCUCUGUUUCUCCGCCGAAUACUACCAGCGGGCUGGCAACACAGAGGUGCGGACAGAGGCGCAACGCUUUGCCUUGGCGUAUCUGGAGCAGAUUCAGGGCGGUGGCAUUGAGCUCUGCACAUCCGGGUGUAUCGCCCUGUGCGAGAUCAUGAUGGACCUCUGCUUUGAGCUUGGCAGGCCGCUGAUCGAGCGCCACCCGCUGUGCCGCGACCGGGCCGCAGCGUACCGGGAACUGCUCAAGGCCCGGGCCUCGUCGGCCGUGAACUCCGCUACCAGCCAAGCAGUGUACAUUUAA